GGUUGUAAUCCAAAUGGCCAUGUUGGUUGAACCUGGUGCCAUCGAACAUAUGUAUGUUGUAUGUUUGGUUCAAGCCAUUCUGGCUCAAGCUAUUUCGGCCACACGUAUUUGUGGCUCACUUCGAAGCACCUUGUCUUUUCGGAUGCUGGACUUCGGUCGAGGGUCUCGAGAAAGCGCUAUUUCCCUCGAAGCGUUGAUCAAGAACUGCGGUCGGACAAAACAAUGGAGCGCAGCACUGCGGUUGCUCCGCGACGCAAUUCGAUUCGAUGUGCAACUCGUCCCAAGCCACUACAUUGCGACUGUCAGCGCAUGCAGAAAAGGCGGGCAAUGGCAACACGCGCUGUCAGUGCUCAGUGAGAUGUGGGAGGCGAAGCUGGAGCCCAACGUCAUCAGUUACAGCGCUGGGAUCAGCGCGUGCGAGAAGGGCCAUCAGUGGCAGCGGGCACUGGCGCUGCUGAGCGAGAUGUUGAAGGCGAAGCUGGAGCCUGACGUCAUCAGCUACAGCGCUGGGAUCAGCGCGUGCGAGAAGGGCGAGCAGUGGCAGCCAGCGCUGGCGUUACUGAGCGAGAUGUGGAGGGGGAGGCUGGAGCCCGACGUCAUCAGCUACAGCGCUGGUAUCAGCGCGUGCGAGAAGGGCGAGCAGUGGCAGCGGGCCCUGGCACUGCUGAGCGAGAUGCGGAAGGCGAAGCUGGAGCUCAACGUCAUCAGCUACAGCGUUGGGAUCAGCGCGUGCGAGAAGGGCCAUCAGUGGCAGCAGGCGCUGGCGCUGCUCAGUCAUAUUUUGCAGGCGAAGCUGGAGCCCGACGUCACCUCCUACAACGCUGGGGUCAGCGCGUGCGAGAAGUGCGAGCAGUGGCAGCGGGCCCUGGCGCUGCUGAGCGAUAUGCGGGAGGCGAAGCUAGAGCCCGACUCUGUACUACAAUUCCGGGCGAAGCGCGUGCGAGUAGUAGAAGCAGUGGCAGCGCCCCGGGCUGCCUAGAGAGCCCGCGGGCAACCCGGAGAGCCUCCGGGACGCUCCUCGACGGCCCCAGCCAGGAGGCCCCUGGAGCGUUCGCCGACGGCUCCAGGACCCCCAGAUCAGCUACAGCGCUGGGAUCAGCGCGUGCGAGAAGGGCGAGCAGUGGCAGCGGGCCCUGGUGCUGCUGAGCGAGAUGCGGGAGGCGAAGCUGGAGCCCAACGUCGUUAGCUACAACGCUGGGGUCAGCGCGUGCGAGAAGGGCGAGCAGUGGCAGCGGGCCUUAGCGCUGCUGAGCGAGAUGCGAAAGCCCGACGUCACCUCCUACAACGCUGGAAUCAGCGCGUGCGAGAAAGGCGCUCAGUGGCAGCGGGCACUGUCGCUUCUGAGCGAGAUGCGGCAGGCAAAGCUGGAGCCCGAUGUCAUCAGUUACAGCGCUGGGAUCAGCGCGUGCGAGAAAUGCGAGCAGUGGCAGCGAGCACUGGCGCUGCUCAGUGAGGUACGGGAGGCGAUCUUGGAGCCCAACGUCUCAGCUACAACGCUGGGAUCAGCGCGUGCGAGAAGGGCGAGCAGUGGCAGCGGGCCUUAGCGCUGCUUUGCGAGAUGCUGGAAGCGAAGCUGGAACCCACCGUCAUCAGCUACAGCGCUGGGAUCAGCGCGUGCGAGAAAGGCGAGCAGUGGCAGCGGGCCCUCUCGCUGCUCAGCGAUAUGUGGGAGGGAACGGUGGAACCCACCGUCAUCAGCUACAACGCCGGGAUCAUCGCUUGCGACAAAGGUAAGCAGUGGCAGAUUGCCGUGUCGUUGCUCAGUCAUAUGUGGGAGGCGAAGUUGGUGCCCGGGGUCGCCAGCUACAGCAUUGGUGUCAGUGCGUGUGAGAGAGUCAGUUGUGCAAAUUGUCUUGGCGUCGGCGGGCUCGGGUUUCUCCCUAGAGCAAGCUGUGGGCGCUCCUGAGGGUCGACCUGGCCUCCGCCUCCAGCGCAGCAUGUGCGUUUUCUGCGGGCUCCACGGGUCUCUCCAAUAGACUUGUGACCUCGUCAGUUUGUGCAAGCCAGGCGAGCAGUUCAAUGACAGCGUGCCAUGGCGCUGCUCAGCGAGAUGUGGCAAGCGAAGGUGGGUUCCAUCAUCAUCGUCGGCUACAGCGCUCGGACCAGCGCGCGCUGGAAGGUUGAUCAGUGGCAGCAGCUCCCGUUUGCAUACUGCUCAGCGAGAUGCGGGUGCCGAAGUCGGAGCCCAACGCGGGCGAGACUAGCAAGCAGUGGCAGCGGGUCAUGGGUGUUGCUCAGCGAGAUGUAGGAGCAACAAAGAGCCCCAAGCCAGCCUCAAAAUGUCCCAAUAUGGCCACAAGACAAGCCAGGAGGCCUCCCAAAACGGCCCAAUAGAACCCCGAUGACGGCCCCACGACUCC